AUGGACAGUGGCUGGCGCACCCCGGCAGGGAGCAGGAGGAGGGUCAUGGUGGUUGCCGAUCCGAGCCGCGAGGCCAGCGGCGCACUUGAGUGGGCCCUCUACCACGCCGUGGCGGAGCACGACGAGUUGCUUCUGCUCCACCUUGAGCACCCUGGCGAGAGCACGCCGCCGCGACGGUCCGCAUCGGCACCGUCGACGUUCACAUUGUUCCUCCGGCGGCCUCCCUCUCUCGUGUCAGCCGGUGUGUCUGAGCAUGACUCUGGCGGAGGGGGUACAAAUGCGGGGCCGGUGUUCCUGGAGGCGAUGAGGGCAAAGUGCGAGGCUGCGCAACCGACGGUGAAGGUGCAGAUCGAGAGGGUGGAGAUGGAAGGGAUGGGGAAGGCCACCAAAAUUCUGGAACGCGCCCAGUUGCACUGUGUUGACCUUCUCGUCAUUGGCCAGCGCCGGAGCUCCGUCGGCUUCUUAGGGUAA